AACCAGGUUCAGACGUACCAUUGUUAAAGAACACGGGGUUCCAAAGUGCUGCUCAAAUGGGGAUUUCUGUGAGUGAACAUGCAUUACGAAGAAUCUCACGUGGACAUAAUAUCCCCCUUACAAAUGUAAUGUUCUGCGUAUUUUUUUUUUUUUUUACAUAUUAGAGGCAUGUCUUGGCGACAUCUCCGUUCGAGGUGGUUCAUAACGUUGGCGUUUUACAGAACUGAAUGCGGAGAGUGAAAAGGGGUCAGCGGUCGUUUAAAUGCUUUAAAAUAAUGCAGCUCUCCACAGAUGGUCUCUUCCAUCCGACUUCAUCCAGCGUGGUGGUGCACGUGCGGCCGUCCUCGUUUCACCGGAGCACGCUGGAGGGGUGACGUAAUGUCGUCAGGACGCAUGCAUAAGGAGACCAUGAUGUAAUGUUGUUUAUUUGUGUUUAAAUAUCCAUUCUUAUGUCAGAUUGUUUUUUUUCCAUAACAUGUUCCUGUGUCAGGUCCAAUCAGUGUGCGUGUGGACGUAACGCUGUGGUUGUGCUCAUCAUAUAUGCAGAGGUGGAGCUGGAUGAUUUUUAAGCGUGUAAGACCAUCACUCACACUGAGGUGGCAUAAUGUAUUUUGUUGUUUUAGGAAAUCACACAUCUCCACAGACUUGACACCUUUUACAGGAUGCACUGACUUAAAAAUUACCUUCUGUGUUCAGUGGUAGAACCAGAUAGUUUCUCCUGGGUGAGACCAUUAACCACACUGAGGUGGCUGAGAUGUCUCAGUUUUUUCUAUCUCUGAAGGCCAACCAGUCAUUUCAUUGGUAACUUACCAUUAUCAUUUGCUUAUGCAGGUAAGACUGCCACUAGAAACGCAUAAGAACUCAUGUACAGUAUAAUAAACUGUUUAUGUAAUCAUGUAAUCCCUCAGUCUCUUAUCAUCAUCUCAGGAGACUUUAAUCAUGCAUCGCUCUCUGCCACUCUCCCCACGUUCACCCAGUACGUGACCUGCCAUACCAGAGACAAUAAAACCCUGGACCUGCUGUAUGCAAACAUCAAGGAUGCAUACAGCUCCUCCCUCCUCCCCCAGCUGGGCCAAUCAGAUCACAACCUGGUGAGACUGCAGCCCAUUUACAUACCUAUGGUGAAGAAACAACCCCCCACCACCAGGUAUGUGAAGAAGUGGUCUGACGAGGCCACUGAGGCGCUGCAGGACUGCUUUGAGACCACAGACUGGGAUGUGCUGUGUGGUCCACACGGGGAGGACAUUGAUGCACUGACGGACACUAUCACGGACUACAUUAACUUCUGUGCAGAGAACAUCGUACCGACCAGGAAAGUACGGUGUUUCUCUAACAGCAAACCCUGGGUGUCCCUGGAACUGAAGGCCCUGCUGAAGGAGAAGAGGAGGGUUUUUGGAUCUGGGGACAAAGAGGAGCUGAGGAGGGUGCAGAAGGAGAUAAAGAAGAAGAUCAAGGCGGACAAGGCCAGCUACAGGACCAAGAUGGAAUCUCACCUGCAGGACAAUAACACAAGGGAGGUCUGGAGAGACCUGAGAUCCAUCUCUGGUUACAGCAGAGGCCAUGAGAGGGGAGCUGCAGCAGGAGGCCAGGAGUGGACCAAUGAGCUGAAUCUGUUCUUUAACAGAUCUGACUCUGCUCCCACUCCUCCCCCCUCUCAUCAAAGCACCGACCAGCCAGCUCCUUCUUCACACCUCAGCUCUCUACCACCAACACCACCAACAGCACCCCUCCUCCCAUCCCCGUCUUCUACCAGCUCCGGACUCCACAUACAGCCACAUCACCCCUCCUCGUCUCACCCCCCACCACCACCAUCACCCCUCCCCCUGCCACCCUCCCCCUGCCUCUCCAUAACAGCUGAUCAGGUGAGAAGUGAACUUAAAAAGAUCAAAACCAGGAAAGCUGCAGGUCCUGAUGGAAUCAGCUCCAGACUCCUUAGAGACUGUGCAGAGCAGCUCUGUCAGGUGCUGCUGCACAUCUUUAACCUGAGCCUGAGUCUGGAGAGGGUUCCUCUGUUAUGGAGACUUCCUGCCUGGUUCCUGUCUCUAAGACCAGGAACCCCAGGGAGCCUAACCACUUCAGACCUGUGGCCCUCACUUCUCACCUGAUGAAGACCAUGGAGAGGAUCGUCCUCAAGAACCUCCGUCCCCAGGUGAGCCAGUAUCUGGAUCCACUGCAGUUCGCCUACCAACCCAACAUUGGAGUGGAUGAUGCAGUGGUCUACCUGCUGCACAGAUCACUGACUCACCUGGAGAAACCCAGCAGCACUGUGAGGGUCAUGUUCUUUGACUUCUCCAGUGCUUUCAACACCAUCCAGCCUUCUCUGCUCAGGGUGAAGCUUGAAGGAGCAGGAGUAGACUGUCACCUGGCUGCUUGGACCAUCGACUACCUCACCAACAGACCACAGUACGUGAGGCUUCAGGACUGUGUGUCUGAUGUGGUAGUCAGCAGCAUGGAGGUCCACAGGGGACAGUGCUCUCCCCCUUUCUCUUCACCCUGUACACGUCGGACUUCCACUACAACUCUGGGAGCUGUCACCUCCAGAAGUUCUCCGAUGAUACAGCCAUUGUUGGGUGUGUAUCUGAAGGGGACGAGUGGGAGUACAGGAUGGUCAUCUCUGACUUUGUUGACUGGUGUGAGCUAAACUAUCUGCAGCUCAACGCCAGUAAGACGAAGGAGAUGAUCGUGGACUUCAGCAGGAGGAGGACACCCCAGACUGCACCGGUGAACAUCCAGGGUUUGGACAUUGACAUGGUGGACACAUACAAAUACCUGGGUGUUCACCUCAAUAAUAAACUGGACUGGACACACAAUACAGAGGUUCUGUACAAGAAGGACCAAAGUGGUCUUCACCUGCUGAGGAGACUGAGGUCCUUUGGAGUGUGCAGGACUCUGCUCAGGACAUUUUAUGACUCUGUGGUAGCGUCUGCUAUCUUCUAUGCAGUGGUCUGCUGGGGAGCAGGGAGCACUGAAAGGGACAGAAAGAGACUAAACAGAAGGUCAGGAGGAGGUUCUGUCCUGGACUGUUCCCUGGACUCCAUAGAGGAGGUGGGUGAGAGGAGGAUGUUGGCAAAGCUCACAUCCAUCAUGGACAAUCCCUCUCACCCACUGCAUGACACUGUGGGGUCUUUAAGCAGCUCCUUCAGCAGCAGACUGAGACAUCCACCCUGCAAGAAGGAACGCUAUCACAGGUGCUUCAUCCCAUCUGCUAUAAGACUUUACAACAUCAGCAUCACUGGCUGAUGUUAACAUAAACUGGACUAUAUCAUAUCAUCCCAAACCAUAAAAUUUGCACAGACAUUAUUGCACUGCUACAUCUUUGCACUUUUAAACUUUAUUUUUUAAGCCACUUUAUACUACAUUGUCUUACAGUGUGUCAAUACUGUACUAUUUCAUCCUCAUCUCUCACCCCUGUAUAUAUUGUAAAUAUUAUUACUACUGUUCUAUUAUUAUUUUAUUCCUAUUACUAUGUCUAUUGCUACAUAAGCUGCUGUAACAAUGUAAAUUUCCCCUGGCGUGGGGAGAAAUAAAGGACUUAUCUUAAAUGAAAUGAACUGGAACUCAUGCAGAAGUGCUGCAUAUUUAAUUGCCAGUGAGUCUAAUUAUUUAUGGAUAAUAUAGGUCUCUGCCUGGAGCCAGUCUCUUUCAGAACUGUGAUGGUUCUAAACAGCUGGACUUGUAGUGUUUGGUGUCUGUAUGUUUUUCAGCAACAGAAGAAAACAUUUUUGUUGUCCUUUGCUGACAUCAGCCCUCAUGAAACAAAGAAUGUCAUGGACAAGGAUGACUUCAUCUAUCUGCUGUGUCCUUCUGACAGAAUGUCUGGUUUAGGAGUCCAUUCAGAGAAAAUCCUCUGUACAUAAGCUUUACUGUAUGUUUUACCGUUAUGCUUGUGAAACCCAGGUGUGCAUUUGCCUUACUGCUCAUUCACACACACCACCUGCCCCCUUGUGCUUAGCAGCAGAACUACAUUCUCUAGGCAGAAAAAAAAUCUAAUUUGAAUUUCAAUGUAUUAUUUGACACAGUCAAACUGAAUGAAAAACAGGGGCUGGAAGUGUGCAGCAGAGGUUGAGAUAUUUUGACUCCAAUUCAGUAGAUCCCUUUCUAGAGCACAGAUGUAGUCCAGAAUGGAUUUGGACAGCAGGUGGAAUGGCAGAUGGCACGUAAAGUAUCUGUGUACAUGCUACAACACAUGUACAGUACACAGGAUUAUGCGGUUUUUGGGACCCUUAAGGACAAGAGCAGAUCACCAGAUUGACACCAAACAGCCUUGUUGCUACAUACAUGAUACCUAUUGUUUGGCUUUUUAAACAGUACUACCAGUUCAUGCCCAACUCUGUCCUCCUGGUUUUUAACAAAGCAUUUCUGCUCUGCAUUUUUAACUAACACAGCCAAGCUUAGGGAACCCUGAGGGCACCAUCAAGUCUAUUUUCUAUGACCUGACAAAACCCUGUUGAGCCGCAGAGUGAUGUCAGGUCGAGUGAUUGCACAUAUCCUGUUUUCCAUUAAGUGUGUGGGCAGCUGCUCUCCUCAGUAUGAGGCGUGAGAUGAACCCCCUUUGACAUACCUGCCUACACUAUAUUGCCAACAGCAUCGGCACGUCUGUCUUUACAUGCACAUGAACUUUAAUGACCCCUCAUUCGUAAUCCGUAGGGUUUAAUAUGGAGUUGGCCCACCCUUAGCAGCUACAACAGGGUUUAGGAGUGGGUUUUCUAGAACUUUUGACCAUUCUUCCAGAAGCGUAUUUGGGAGGUCAGGCACUGAUGCUGGAUGAGAAGGCCUCUGCUCUAAUUCAUCCCAAAGGUGUUCUAUGGGGUUGAGGUCAGGACUCUGUGCAGGCCAGUCCAGUUCCUCCACACCAAAAUUUCUAAUGCAUGUCUUUAUGGACCUUCCGUUGUGCACUGUUGCACAGUCAUGUUGGAAUAGGAAGGGGCCAUGCUCAAAUUGUUACCAUAAAGUUGGGAGUAUGAAAUUGUCCAAAAUGUCUUGGUAUGCUGAAGCAUUCAGAGUUCCUUUCACUGGAACUCAGUGGUCCAGCUUAACCCCUGAAAAACAACCCCACACCAUAAUCCCCCCUCCACCAAACUCAGCACUUGGCACAAUGUAGUCAGGCAAGUACCGUUCUCCUGGCAACUGCCAAACCCAGACUGGUCCACCGGGUUGCCAGACAGAGAGGUGUGAUUUGUCCUCCAGAGAAGGCGUCUCCACUGCUCUAGAGUCCAGUGGUGGCUGCUUUACACCACUGCAUCCCAUGCUUUGCAUUGCACUUGGUGAUGUAUGGCUUGGAUGCAGAUCGUUGGCCAUGGAAACCCAUUCCAUGAAGCUCUCUGCGCUGUUCUGGAGCUAAUCCGAAGGAAGGCCACACUAAGUUUGGAGGUCUGUAGCUAUUGACUGCAGAAAGUAGUUGAUUUCUGCACAUACAUAUGCUGACCCUGCUCUGUGAUUUUACGUGGUCUAUCACUUUGUGGCUGAGUUGCUGUUGUUCCCAGUUGGUUCCACUUUGUUAUAAUAUCACUAACAGUGGACUGUGGAAUACUGAGUGUCAAGGAAAUUUCACUAAUAGACUUAUUGCACAGGUGGCAACUUGUCACGGUACCAUGCUUGAAUUCCCAGAGCUCCUGAGAGCGACCCAUUCUUUCACCAGUGUUUGUAGAAGCGGUCUGUAUGCCUAGGUGCUUGAUUUUAUACACCUGUGGCCAUGGAAGUAGUUGGAACACCUGAAUUCAGUUAUUUCAAGGGGUGGCCGAAUACUUUUGUCACUACAGUGUACCUUCUCUAAAACCUUUUUAUUAAGCUAGUUGCAGCAAUAAAGUUCCACAAGACCACAAAAUGAAAGCAUUAAUAAAUCAUUUUUAAUGUUUUCAUACAUUUAUAUACAUGUACUAAAAGUCAGUGAAUGUAGAAAGGCAAAGAAUGAAACAAAUAAUUAAAAUUUCCCUGAAUACAAAAAUUCCAAACAAAGAUAAUCCCCAAACAAACAAUAUUAGAAGUUACCAAAAACAAUAUUACAUAAGAUCAUUCACACAAAAACAAUGACUGGAUCAGCUGCCUUCAUUUAAAAACAGGAAUAAAUGGCUCACUGGAGACAAUUUCAUACAGUAGUAUUUCUAGGUCAAAAAAUUAAUUAAAACAACCCAAAUAACAAGAGCUGAACUAUGUCUUUUGUCAGCUGCCCAAAGUUAAGACUAGGAUUGUGUGAUACACAUGAAACCAUAUACAGUUUAAGGAGAAGAGUGCAUGCACAUCAGAGCACAAAAACAAUGUUGUCAAAUACAAACUCACAAAACAAAUCUGCUAUAAAACUGGAAGACAUCCAUCCAUCCAUCCAUUAUCUAUACACUGCAUAGUCCUCAUCAGGGUCAUGGGGGGCUUGGAGUCUGUCCCAGCUGACUGAGGGUGAAGGUAGGGGACACCUGGACAGGUAACAGUCUAUCACAGGGCUAUUUAGAAUCACCAGUUAACCUCAGCAUGUCUAUGGACUGUGGGAGGAGGCCGGAGAAAACCCACACAUGAACAGGGAGAACAUGCAAACUCCAUACAGAGAGAGACUCAGGACCGGAACCGGGGAUCUUCUAGCUGCAAGGCAACAGUGCUAACCACUAAACCACUGUGCAGCCCCACUGGAAAAUAUACUAUGAAAAAAAACAACAAAAAAAACCACAUACAUAUUUCAAGAAAUUGUGCUGUUACUUCAGGCCCUGAUGUGCUGCUUGAAGCAAAGAUGGAGGGGAUCAGCUACUGUCUCAGGGAACUGAGAUCUUGUCUGCCUUUGCCACUGCACCGUGACGACUGUAGUGGUUCAGGAGAUGUUCCCAUGUUCGAUUGCACCUGAGCAACUUUUGGUUCCCUUUGAGAGAGGAGGUAGGAAAACAAGAAAAUAUGAACUUUUUCUGAUGUUACACUGGGCAAGCAAUAAAAAUAAACCCUGAAGAAUGGUGGAAGUCCAUUAGAAUUUCCAGUAAAACAGCUUUGUGAACACAAAGAUGAAGUUUGUCCUUUAUUGGAAGUGUUAUAGUGGAGAUGUGUGUUUUUUUUUUUUUUUUUUUUUUGCUCUCAGCUCUCGUAGGAGGCGGUCGCACUUUUCUUCGCUCCGCAGCUAUCUCUGUUCCUCCCUACCCUCAUGUUUCCCUGCUUGCUGCAUUUCUUCAUCUUCGUCUCGUGUGUCUGACUUGGAGCGAUCGCUUGGCACUGGACCUUCGAAACACCGAUCAUGGAAUUGAUUAACUGGUCUCUCAACGCAAUUGACAAGAUUGUCGCCACAAAGAGCACAGGCCUAGGGGAGCCUACCUGCCCGGAUGGGAGUUUCGCCUCUGGUUACGUGAUCGACGCCUGGGGGAAGUGGAAGGGGGUCAUGUGCCUGGCACCCCUGUCCAUGGAGGAUGUGGAAGAUGUUUAUAUAUUCGGAUUUAUGAUGACAGGCCUGCUGAUAAUUGGCUUGUUCACUGGCCUGAGCUUCUGGAAAAUCAGGAAGACCGCAGACAGAAACGACGUCCAAACUCUGCUGGUCUAUGCAAACGAUCGGAUCACGGCUGCCGAUUCUCGGUAUGACGAACUCAAUCGUAAGAUGAACAAUUUGCUUGGUGUGACUGUUGAUGUGAGUCGCAGAUUGGAAGCCAUCAGGGUGAGAAUCGCUACAGCUGAGGUCUAAAAUUGUUGAGAGCAGUAGGGAGAAGGUGAAAUUACUUCUCUCCCGCCCAAACAUGUGAAUAACUGAUUACAUUCUGGCGCCCCUGGAACAAUUACAAACUCCUCUGGAAGUUUCAUGGCCAAGAGAUAGCUCUCCUACACCCCCCCCCACCUUCCCAAGGAACCCUGUUGACUUUUGGACCGGGCCAACCGAGGACGUCUCCAUAGCAACCUGCUGUGUUAUCGCGCUCCCACCCUCGCGAACUGAGACACCGGAGGUCUGAGAUGGAAGUAGAUGGGCUACACUCAUACACACACAUCGGACUCAUGAACUGAGGACUGAGCUAAACAUUCGCACACACAUGUCCAUACCCCCCCUCCCCCCGCCUCCACAAGCUUUCCUCACUAUACACAGGAGUCAGGAAUCCGUGCAGUAAUUUGCUGCACAGGAACCGACUAACUGUGCAGUGCUCCCCCCUCCACCACCCCACAUCCUUAUCCCAACUAUCCUUGUCUAACGUCAUGCUUUGCCUGUUUGCGGGUUUGUUUUUUUUAAGGUUCCUUCUCAAAUUGAAUUUCCCAAAAUUGGAGGUUUCAUUUGGUACAACAAGCCUUUUUUUUUUCUUCUACCCUCCGCAAUCCCUACCCAGAUCCCAACAUGUCCUUUUUCUUUUUUUCCUCAAGAAAGGUGCGCGCAGCACUGCGCAGCAGCCGGAGCUGUCAUUGGCAGGGCAGCUCAAAUGAAAUUUCGUUGUAUAUGAAAGUGUGCAAUGACCAAUAAAGAAAGAUUAAGCGUCAAGAUGGUGCCAGAGGACAGGCAUCAGGAGACAACAGAAGUUAUCUUAAGUCAUGAUGUAUUUAGGUCUUUAGCAUUAGCAUGUAAAUAAUAACAUAAAAUAGCUCUCUUACCUAUAAUGCACAGUCCCUCCUUGGCCCUGGUGAUUGCCACAUUGAUCUGGUGGGGAUCUCCUACAAAGCCCAGAUGUUUGGACAACCAUGCUCUAUCUGGUUCACUCACUAUCUCUUUGCUUGGAAGGGAGCACACUGUAGAAAUAAUGACGUAACGCCAUUCACUUCCUAGAAAACAAAAUGUUGUUUAUACAUGAGUUAUGAGCAACAAUGUCUUCAAAGCAAUAUAUUGUCUUUGUUUAAUUUUAUUACAAAUGGCAGCUAAAGUUACUAUUUUAAUAGUUAAUUAGUGGACUUUUCAUUCAAAAUGUUUAAAACUGGCAUUAAACAUGGCACAGCGCUAUACUGGAUUAGCAUCUUCACCAUUGGAGAAAGCAAAGCAUUAAAAUGAAAACGGUUACACUUCACUUAUUUAACAGUAUUACUUGGAUGUUUCCCCGUGUAACGUUUAACUUAAGAUACUUAAAGCUUAGUAGACACUUAAUAUUCUUGUUAUUGUUAAACAACACAGUCUGAUAAACCUGCAGGCAAAAUAGAAACACUUUCUAUUUCAUCCAGUGACUGUUUUGAUAAAGUUUUAUUCAAACGAGGCUGUGUGCACAAAGACAAAGAAAGAAAAAGGCAGGGUUUUCUUGGUGCAGUUCUACUUAGGGUAAACAAUACAGAUGCUCUGUCCUUUGGCUUAUUUUAAUCUAAUUUCUAUUAAAGUUGCAUCUCAUUUCUGACUACCGUUAUCCACAAGAUAUCUGGACAAACACUGUACUCCAGUAAUAAAUCUAUCUGAAAUCGUAAAUUAGAUGUAGGCAACCCAUUCAAGACUACAUUUGGUCCCAGUGUCUGUUAAGUGAAGGGAACUGCAUCAGUAGCUGUAACACUUGACUAAAAAUAUUUUCCCUUUGAGGUUUGACUUCAGUUCUUAGCUUCUAUGCCCAGUAGACCCUUUUUGAGUGCCUAUCUCUUUAUUUACCCUCUCUUUAAAGUUUUUCCUUUUUAUUGCUUGUCAACAUUGAAUCAUGGUCGAUUCGAUUCAACUUUGUUGAUGAGAAUUUACAGAAAGGACUUACAGACACAGAUUCCUACAAAGUAAUGCCAAUGAACUAUAAAUACGAAAUGUCAAAUAAGGGAUUACAUAAGUAUUCAUCCCCUUUAAAGUGACUCACCUAAUUCAAAACAGGUGUAGCCAACUGGUGCUAGAAGUCACACAAUGAGUUAAAUGGAGAUUUUCUGAGUGGGUACCACAGACUGUUUAUAAAUAUAUAAAUAUCUUUAUCUACAUUCUAUGGUGGGCACGCACAAGCAGCACUAUUUUGAGUUGUGUGAAGUGAUUGAAGGAGGGACUUUCCACAUUUCAGCAUUAAUAUUCAUUCGAAAACAUCACAGAGACUCUAAAUUCAGUUUUGUUUAUCAAAAUCACAACACACCCUUUUUCACACACUUUGCAAUUUCUAAUCUAUUAGGCAAUUAAAUGAAACAUCCAUAUUCAUAAAACCUUACUGCAAUGGAAACAGACGUUAGCAGCUUCAAGAAUAUUGACUCCCACUAAAAUUUUAUGAAAUCCAAGUUUUUUUUUUUCCAUAGAAGAUGUUAAGAAGAGUUUCUUCCCACUGUUUGGCAUUAAGUUUGUUUAAUACCUGCAGCAUUAGACAACAGUAACAUCCAUAUGUAAUACUUUUGGUAUUUUAUUCGUUUUUAGUGCUCUAUUGUGUAUCUCUAAUUUUCUUUGUCUUGCUCUGGAUGUAGAGCACUUUGGUUCAAUCUGUGGUUGUUUAAAGUGCUAUGUAAAUAAAGCUGGAUUGGAUCGGA